UGGCCUAUAACCUUUAGUUAUUUCCCUUGAUUGCAACACAGCUGAUCGAAAAGAUCUAGAAUUUAGUAGAAUCUAGCUAGGCUAGCUUCAGCCCAGAACUACAAAAAUAAGAAAUGAUCUCUCAUAGUUAGUCAUAUGAGAUAUAAUGCAUUGUAUCCAGUCAAAAGAAGCAUUAGGUUGUAGAGAACAAGAGAAAUGAAAACAACUUUUUUAAGACGUCUUAUCAAACAGCACACUAAGCUCUCUAGACAACACUUAACCCCAGAAAUAAAUCUAAAUCUCAUAACACCGGAGUGCUCCUUGUGGACAGCAAACCCUGAGGAAUGUCCCUUCCAAGAUCCAUUUUGGGCCUUCUACUGGCCAGGUGGACAAGCAUUAACCAGAUAUAUAUUUGACAAUCCAAGUUUGUUUUGGAAGAAAUCCAUCCUGGAUAUUGGAAGUGGGUGUGGGUCUGCUGCCCUAGCAUGUAAACUAGUUGGUGCAACUCAAGUUGUGGCUAAUGAUAUUGAUCCAGUGGCAGCUGUAGCAAUUCAAAUGAACAUGGAGGAGAACUCAGCACAAAUCAGCAUUGACACAUCCAACCUCCUCAACUCUCCACUCAAACAACAUUUUGACAUUUUACUCAUGGGAGAUAUGUUUUAUGACGCAGAUUUUGCUCACUCUAUAGAUGCCUGGUUAUGCUCUAUUGACUAUGGAUACACCGCCUUCAUUGGGGACCCUGGACGUUUAGCAUUUGAUCAACACCCAAUGAAGACUUUGCUGAAACAAGUGGCAGAGUAUCAAUUGACAAGAAUUUGUCAGAUUGAAAAUAAGGGCAUGAGUAGUGGGAAAGUGUGGAUGUUGAAACCAUCCUGACAUGAAGGACUGGAAGAAAUACUGGACAAGGAACAAAAUAAACCAUCUUAUUUUCUUUUAUUGAUCAUGGUGUUGUACAUACAAUUAAACAUCAGUAAUAAAUUUGUACACCUUUUUCUAUGUAAGAAUCCUAUAUUAAAAAAAUAUUUGUAACUAACAUUUAUACCA